UUAUUUUUAAACACGGGGAGGAAGUAUUUAUUGUUCCUGGGCUGAGGAGAGCUGGGCAGUUUGUGGAAUUCUUCUUGGGAAGCAGUGCCGUCUGCCUUCCACCAUGGCACCUAAGAAAGCCAAGAAGAGAGCAGACGGCGCCAACUCCAAUGUGUUCUCCAUGUUUGAACAGACCCAGAUCCAGGAGUUUAAGGAGGCUUUCACCAUCAUGGACCAGAACAGGGAUGGUUUCAUCGACAAGAACGACUUGAGAGACACCUUUGCUGCUCUUGGGCGGGUGAAUGUGAAAAAUGAAGAAAUUGAUGAAAUGCUCAAGGAGGCUCCAGGUCCAAUAAACUUUACUGUGUUCCUGACAAUGUUUGGGGAGAAACUUAAGGGGGCAGACCCCGAGGAGACCAUUCUCAAUGCGUUCAAAGUGUUUGACCCUGAAGGCAAAGGGGUGCUGAAGGCUAAUUACGUUCGAGAGAUGCUGACCACACAGGCAGAGAGGUUUUCCAAGGAGGAGAUUGACCAGAUGUUCGCUGCCUUCCCCCCUGAUGUGACUGGAAACCUGGACUACAAGAAUCUGGUGCACAUCAUCACUCACGGAGAAGAGAAAGACUAAGAGAAGGGCUCAUUGCCCAACGCUGGGCUCAUCUUUGGAGCAGGGGUGUGGUUCCCUGCCUUCCCCUCUCUCUCUCCCCACUUAAUUCCUCCAUCCCUGCCCCUGGCCUGUUAACCAUGUGGCUGCCUCAUUUAUCCACCUCCAUUUUCUUUGCAGCCUAGGUGGCUUAGAGAUACCUGCGGCCACACAUCCUGCAGGUGGAAAUCUGUCUGGAGGCUUUGUUCAAAUAAACAGGAGGUCGUGUA